UUCAAUAACUGAAGUACAGUAUAACAAGAGGAUGCGGUACAUCUAGAUUUCUGAAGUAUUUCCCCUUUUCAUCGUAGUAUUCCGACACCGUACUACACGUCGUCCGGGAAAAAAAUCCCCGCUUCGGCCAGGACAGCCGUGCGGCCUUCAUGCAAACUGACUAUCCCGCGGCAACGGCCAUGUCGAAUGCAGCCAAAGCCCCGACGAAAUCCAAGCGCAGCCUGCCCAAUGGCGCCAAGGAAAUCCUGCAGGAUUUCGUGGUGGCCGUGCUACGUGGACGCGUGGAGCAGGAUCAGUUUCUCCGUUUCGCCGUCGACUGGUUCACACGGGCGCUGAAGGAGGAGGAACAACGGAAAGCCGAACAGCCAUCGCCUGGCCAGAAAGCGUCACGCAACGAGCUGGCAGAAAGCGCCAAAUCGGCCACCAACAUCAACAAUAAAGCGCCGUCGAAAUCUACACUGGAACCCGUGGGUAGCGCCAUCGCCCCCGCACAAUCCCGCACCACUCUUCCCCUGUCCGAGGAGCAGCGAGCUGGGCGUUCCCAGACCACCCUUGUCGUGCGCCCCUCCUCCCAGGAUCGGCCGGAAUCAGCCAAAUCCGGCCAGAAUCUAGAUGCCAGCAAAUCGGAGCGCUCUCUGACGCCCGCUGCCUCACGGACCACCCUGGACGCCCAGCGCGACGCAGACCGGCAGCCCAGCGGGACGGAGGUCAGGAGCGUGCCCAGCCGUGUCCCGUCGGCGGCGGGUGCCCGCUCCGGACAGGAUAUGAGCCAUUCCGAAUCCACUGCUCACCACGAACCGCCCCAUCCCCAAGCCUCAACCCUCGCCGAAUCGAAAUCGCGCAACACUCUCGACGCCGCUCCCAGUCGGCAGCACCCUGCGGAACCGGCAGCCUCGUCCGUGGACGCCAAAUCCCGCACCACCCUCGACGCAGCCGGCAAAUCGCGAACCACGCUGGAGGCAGCUCCGGAACCUGCCAAAUCCAAGCUGGAGGAAGGCAAAUCGCGGAGUACGCUGGAGGAAGCCCACGGUCCCAGUCGGACAACGCUGGACGCUGCCGGACACUACGGAAAGUCCAAGAGCACGAUGGAUGUCGGGAAAUCUCGGACGACGUUGGAAGCGGACCAGAACAAAUCGAGGACAACACUGGAGGCCACGGAUCAUGCCAAGGAAGCGAAAUCUGCCAAUCAGUUGCAGCCGGGCAAAUCGUCCACUUCGGUUAAUCAGCAUCAUGCGGAAAAUCCCCAAGAGGCCCCCAAGGACGCUCAGCUGGAAUCACGACGGCAAGCGGUAUCCGCUGAAAGUUACGAUCCAGCCGCUGAGUCCGACGUGCCAGAUAAAGUCUUUCCCAAAAGCGAGGAGCAGCUGCACCGCGUAAAGGAGGCAGUCAAAGAGGUGCUGCUCUUCCGAUCCCUUGACGAAGAUCACCUGAAAAAGGUCAUCGAUGCGUUAGAAGAGGUCAAAGUGGAAGCCGGGGAGGAGGUCAUCAAGAUCGAUGACGAAAAAGCCGAACACUUCUACGUUAUCGAAGAGGGUGAAUUCGACUGUUUCGCAAAGGUCAACGGAGAACUGACCAAAGUGACAGAGUACGUCAACCGCGGCAGUUUCGGUGAAUUGGCGCUGAUGUACAAUCAGCCACGGGCGGCCACGGUGCGGGCCCGCACUGCCGGCAAACUAUGGGCGUUGGACAGGGAGACAUUUAAACGCAUUAUCGUCCGCGGCGCCUACGAGAAGCGGAAAUUGUACAUGUCGCUAAUGGAGAAAGUGGACUUUUUGGCUGAUCUGCAUGAUUAUGAGAAGCAGAACGUGUGCGACGCACUGGUGCCACGAAAAUACAAUCUUGGCGAGGUUGUCAUGAAACAAGGUGAUCAGGGCGAUGGGAUGUACUUUGUGGAAUCCGGCGAGGUCGUGUGCACGCGUAACGAAGAUGGCAACGACCAAGAAGUGGGUCGUGCUGGACCGGGACAGUACGUGGGUGAGCUGGCGCUGAUUGCCGGACAGCCUCGCGCUGCCACUGUUACCGCAGCCGCUGACGGUACGAAGCUGGCGUUUUUGGAUUCGAAAGCUUUUGAACGGCUCAUGGGUCCCUGUGUGGACAUAUUACGGAAGAACGUUGAGCGCUAUAAAGAUAAAAUUGUCGCAGUAUUUGGAGAAAACUCGGAAUUCUUACACGGCGCUGCAUAGCAGUCCUUUUUCUAUUCGCUUGCGUGCCAAAACAUCAAUGUAUUUUGAGGUAGUAUUUGCGUACCUGUCUUACUUAAUUUGCUGUUUUCUCUGUUUUAUCAGUCGCGGAAGGUGAAGAUGUGCUAAAAUGCCAGUUCAUGCCAAAUUGCUGAUCAUUGUUAUACAAAACGUUUGGUUUCGUAUAUGUAUGGUGUGACUGUAUGAUGCAGAUGCCUGAAAGUGUGACUACACGACAAAUUCUGUGGCCAGCCAUAAGUCAACUAAAAAAUCUAUAAAAAUUUUCUUUCUGUA